AUGAAGAAAAUUGCAGAGCUAGUGUUGAUUCCUGCUCCAGGAUUAGGCCACCUUGUGCCCAAAAUUGAGUUCGCAAAGCGUUUGUUGGAUCGUGAUGAUCGAUUCUCAGUAACUGUUCUUGUAAUGAGGCCUGCUGUUGUUCCUGAUGCCAUUUUUGCACAUGUUGAAUCGCUUGCAGCCUCUGAUACUCGAAUCAACUUCAUUAAUCUUCCCCGUUCUGAUGAUCACAACCGUUUAAUGGAGUUUCCGAAGUCCCCAGAAAAGUUACUCUCGGAUCUAUUGGAUGCUCAGAAGCCGUACGUUAAAGAGGCUAUUAUGAAGCAUGUGAUUUCUAACUCAAAAUCAGCUCCUCUUGCUGGAUUGGUAGUUGAUUUCUUUUGCACAUCAAUGAUUGAUGUUGCGAAUGAGCUCGGGGUUCCUUCUUAUCUGUUCUUCCCUUCCGCUGCAGCUUGUCUCGGCCUUUUGUUAAGCCUCCUGGGUAGACAUGAUCAAGGAGGCAGAGAAUUUGAAGAGUUAGAGGCCGAUUAUGUGUUCAAGAGUUAUGCCAAUCCAAUUCCUGGCAGAGUUUUGCCCAUGUUUAUGUUCAACAAGUAUGGUGGCUACACUACACUUGUGAACCACGCAAGAAGAUUCAAGGAAACUAAAGGGAUUAUUUUGAAUUCAUUCGCGGAACUCGAAUCUCAUGCUGUUAAUUCUUUGUUGAAUGAUGACGAUAUUCCUCCUGUUUACGCAGUUGGACCGGUGAUGGAUCUCAAGGGUGAGAGUGAGUCAAGGUCGGAUGAGACACGACGCGAUGAGAUCAUGAAAUGGCUUGAUGAUCAACCUGAUUCAUCAGUUGUUUUCUUGUGCUUUGGAAGCCAGGGGAGCUUUGGAGAAGAACAGGUGAAAGUAAUCGCAGAAGGACUGGAGCAAAGUGGGGUGAGGUUCUUGUGGUCACUGAGGAAGCCACCACCAAAGGGUAAACUUGCAAUGCCUGGUGAGUACACAAGCGAUAUCCAGGAAGUACUACCAAAUGGGUUCCUGGAGAGAACAAAGGAGAUGGGAAUGGUGUGCGGAUGGGCACCGCAAAAGGCGGUGUUGGCUCAUAAAUCAGUCGAAGGAUUUGUGUCACAUUGUGGGUGGAAUUCAAUCUUGGAGAGCUUGUGGUUUGGUGUUCCAAUAGUAACAUGGCCUAUGUAUGCAGAGCAACAGAUUAAUGCAUUCCAAAUGGUGAAAGAUCUGGGACUGGCUGUGGAGUUGAAAUUGGAUUAUAGAGACACCAGUGGAGAAAUUGUGUCAGCAGAAGAAAUAGCAAGCGCUAUAAAAUCAGUAAUGGACAUUGACAAUAAGGUGAGAAAAAGGGUAAAGGAGGUGAGUGAAAAUGGCAGAUCAACUGUAAUUCAUCAAGGAUCUUCCUUUUCUGCAUUUGGACACUUGCUUGAAGACAUAAUCAAAAACAAGCCUUGA